AUGGGGAAUAAUAAAUCAAAACCAAUUUAAUAAUAAGAUGCUUAUCAAGCACACUGGAGUAAAAAUUAGGCAUAAGAAUUAAGGAACUUGCAAAAAUAGGAAGAAUCAAUCUAAAAUGCUAAAAAAUAACAACUUGAUAAAAUGAAAGUUGAAACAGAUUAAAAACUAAUCUAAAUUAAGUAAUAAGAGUAAUAAAUCCAAAAAUUUGAAAAAGGAUAACAAACAACAUAAUAACUAAGUUUUUCUCCUUAACAAAUCAAUUUAAAGAUUCAAGUAUCUUUUAAAAAGCCACAAUUAUUAGAGGAAUCAUCUUAAGUCGAUCUUAGUUAAAAGGAGGAGAAAAAUAAAGAGAGUAAAGCUGUAUUAACUUCAAAUGUAUCUUCUAAUAAUAAUAAAUGUAUAAUAUAAAAUAAUCAAUAAGAAAUUUAAUUAUAAUAAGUUUAGAAAGACUCUCAAUAGCAAGAUGAAUAUAUUGGGUUAAAAUAGGGUUAAAACAUUAUUUAAUUUGACAUUGAUUAGUAGGUUGAAUAAAAUACAAAAUUGUCGGAUGAAUAACAAAUAUAGUAAGAAGUUUAAUAGUAAAGUUCAUAAAAGAUGUAAUAAGAAACCUAGCAAUAAAUAACUUAACAUAAUAAUAGUUAAGGUCACGUAGACACAAAUGCUAAUGAAGAAGCUAUUUUGAAAAGGUGUUUUAUGAUCAACAUGAAAGAGUUGAAAAUUAGCAACCUCUAUGCAAAAUUUUUAGAAAAAUUUUCAACAAUCACUAGUGAUAUCAUUUUAUGUGAUAUAAUAAACUGUGUCCUAUCUUCAGAAUAAUACAUUUAGACUUAGAAAGUGACUUGGCUUGUCUUCGUUAUCAUAAAUUUAUCAGAAUGUAAAGUUUUUGAUGACAAUGUUAUCUUUAAUGAAGGUUCAAUAUCAAAACAAGUUUGGACCAAAUUAAUAAAUGCUGUUCUUGAUAAACUUGUAUCUGCUGUAGCGAAACCAGAAAAAUUAGAAUGGCUGGGAAGUAGAGAGGAUGUAAACAGUUAUACAAAUUAAGAAAAUACGAAUGCAUCUUAAGUUUAUGACAUGCUGUUUGGAUAAUAGAAAUCCAAAAAUUUUGAAUUUUCAUUUGAAAACUUAGAUCAUCCAGCUAUAUAUUAAUUACUAACAUAUCUUGAUACCAAAUCUCAACAGAAAGAUACUUAAAGAUUUUUGGAAUUAAUUACUAAAAGAGAACUCAGCAAAUGUUAAUAAGUUAAUUUAUCUGAUUGUGUAAAUCAAUAAAGAGCUUUGAAAUUAUUAGACAAAUUAUCAUUUUAUCCAAGAAUUACAGAACUCUUAUUUGAAGAUAGUUGGGCUUAUGGAAAAUUCCAAUAAUACAAAAAUGGUAGGGAUCUAUAAAAAUAUUCAAUUUUUGGUUCAAUUUUAUGUUUGAGUACAUUUCCAAGAGAUUUUCCAGAAGUAAAUAAGAUUUUCUGUUCAGAUUAAGGUUUACCAAUUCUUAUAGAAUGCUAUAGAAGACCAAUUUAUGAAAUAAUUAAUUAGAUGGCUGAUAUAUUCCUAAGAAUUAUUAGAAGAGGAAAAAAAUCUUAAUUAGAAUUAUUCACUUAUUUGGUUAAAUUAAUUGAAAUCAAUUUGGACAUUGAAAAAGUGACUGAAAAAGAAAAAUUUGAUAAAUGUUGUUAUUAGGGCAUGAUGUUUAAUUUAUAACAGGUAUUAUUGGAGAUCUUUAAUCCUUUUAUCUACAAUACUAAUUAAGCAAAUGCGAAAUUAUCUAAAAUUAACAAAGAUCUUCUUGCUUAAAUUAAGAAUUAGCCACUCCUAGCUAAAAUUUAUUCAAAUGUCAAAUAAAUGGCCCCAUUAAAAACUGAAUUGAUACAAUUAGAUAAAACUCCUGAAAUUGAUCCUAUGACAUUUCUCUACUUGCUAAUUUAAAAGAUUAAUUCUCUCCAACAACAUAUGAUAAUCGAUUAUGUCAUAUCAUAUGUAAUCUUGUAGUAUGAUAAAAGACAUUUCGGAUCAUCUUCAAAAUUAACUUAAUAAAGCGAAAUAGACAAGGCUAAAUAUGAUGUAUUAUUGCUGAAUCCUAGAAGUGUAUAGAAUACAAUUCAAUUUUUAUCCUUUUAAAGCAAAGUAGCUUAAAGCUUGCUUGAUGAAAAUUAUAAACCAAAAUAUCCUUAUGGUUUAUUAUCUAAUUAAUUCAUGAAUGAUAUAUUCCAUUACUGUUUCAUAUACAAUUCUAAUAACUUAGCUUUGGAUUACUUAGAUGAAGUAAUUUCGAUUUGUGAAUUCACAAUUAUUACAAUGAAAUAUCAAGAAUUGAUAGAAGACACUCACUUGAGAGUUUUAGGAAUGCACUUAUUUUAUAUUUUCAAUGAUUAUGUUAUUUAAUAGUAACAUGGUAAAGCAUCAGAUAAGGCAUUUAAAAUAUUUUCAGAAAAUAAAGUCAUUAAAGAAUUUCUCAUAGAGGGUCUUAUUAAAGCAUACGUUGAUUAAGAUAAAGUUAAAGUCACCAAUAUCAUCCCAACCUUUAGAUUUAAAUAAGCAGUUUCUCAAUUAUUUUCUUACAUCUUGACAACACACAGCAAUAUAUAUAACAAAAAAUUCGUAGACUACGUCUAAUCUAACACUGACACUUAUUCAAAUUUUGCUUUAGCUUAUAUUAAUGAUAUAAAAGAAUUGCUUGACCAAUGUCUCUCUACUACCUAAAAACUAAAGUAAGAGGAAGAUAGUGCAUAAACUGUCCAAGUUCGUAACCCGACUUUGUAGGAACGCAAGGAAAAAAUCCUGAAGUAACUAUUUCUAGAAAUUGCAGAAAAGAAAUGUCUUGGAGAUUGGAAGGGUUUUGAAGAAUUAUUUAAAAACAUUGUUCUGUUUACUAAGAUUGAACCAAAAGCAUUCCUAAUAGAAGAAUCACGAUAAACUUUUACAGAAAACCUGAAUUAUGUUGUAGUAAAGCUUAAUGGUCCAGAAAACAAUAACUGUUUGACCUCGAAAUUUUUUACUAAGUACGAUGUAAAGAUUGAGCCAAGACAUCUAUCAAACUACAUAGUAGAUAUAUUUAUAAAUAUCAAAAAUCAAUAGGAGUUUUGGGAUGAACUAGCUAUGAAUAAUUCUACCUUAUAACUUGAGAUUUUACAUUAGUUGGUGAAUUAAAUGGGCUAUUUAAAAUUGAAAACUCAAUAUUAACUCUAAGAAUUCUUAUAAAUUAUAAAUAGCCUAUAGUAAUUGAAGAUCGAUUAUGAUCAAUUUUUCAGAGAACUCUAAUAGGAUCCCAAUAGAUAAAGAAGAUUUAUUGACAGUCUGACUCAAAAUUUAAUGACUGAUCCAGUAAUGUUACCAAAUUCUAAAUAAAUAGUAGAUAGAGUAACAAUUAAAAGACUCCUAUUAUAAAAAAAAUAAGAUCCUUUUGAUAGAUCCUAUCUUAGUGUAGAGAUGCUUAUAGAGCAGAAAGAAUUAAAAUAAGAAAUCAAAUCUUUCAUAAAUGUUAAAAUAUAAGAAUUAAGGUCAAUUAGACAUGGUUCUAAAUAGCAUCUCAAAUGA